CAGAAACGUUGCCAAGCUGAUGGGUGUACACGGAAGCACCACACACUACUUCAUCAGAAUGAAAUGCCAACCAGGCCACGAUCACCUGUGACCGGAAAUAUACCCACGGACACUAAUAGUAAGGUCAAUUCAACAAAUUUCUGCUGAGUGUAAAGGAACUUCAUUGAAUAAGAAUUUGCUUUCUGGUCCUGACAACAACAACAUGCUAACAGGAGUGCUCAUUCGAUUCAGGCAAGAAUUGACUGCAUUUGUUUGUGACAUAAAAGAAAUGUUCCACAGAAUUAAAGUUUCACCUGAGGACACAGAUGCUCAGCGGUUCCUAUGGUGGAAGGACCAUAAUUUGGAUAGUGUUCCUACUGACUUUAAAAUGUUGUCCCACAACUUUGGGAACACUUCAUCACCUUCUGUUGCCACAUUUGCGCUACACAAAGUAGCCACAGACAAUCUGUCGAAUGCAGAUGAGAUGACAGUACGCACAGUUAUGCGAAAUUUUUAUGUCGAUGAUGGACUGAAAUCUGUCGAUGAUCCAUCAGAUGCUGUAAGACUAAUCAAACAGCUCACUGAAUUAUUGGCAACUGGAGGAUUUCACCUCACCAAAUUUAUGAGCAAUGAUAUCAAUGUUCUGCAAUCAGUUCCAGAAAGUGAUCGUGCUCCUGCAAUUAAAGACCUCAAUCUUGAACGUAAUUCACUCAGUCGAACCCUAGGUGUUCAGUGGAACAUGCACACUGAUGAAUUUGUAGUAUAUGUCAACAUUGAACCAAAGGCGCUCACUCGAAGAGGCAUUCUUUCAAUGGUGAGUCAAAUCUUCGAUCCUUUGGGUUUCGUUCAACCAUUCAUCUUACCUGCCAAGCGAAUUCUACAGGAUCUUUGUAUCGAAGGAUACUCAUGGGAUGACCCCAUUACUGGUUUACUAAAGGACCGUUGGGAAAAAUGGAUCGAUAAAUUACAUGCAUUGAAUGGCCUGGCGAUCCCUCGAUGUUACAAACCACAAGAGUUCAAAAGCAACAAUAUCCAAUUACAUUGUUUUUGUGAUGCCAGCACAUCUGGCUAUGGAGCAUCAGCUUACUUACGACUUACUGGCGACAAAGGUGAAGUUCAUUGUUCCUUUGUCAGGGGAGUCGCUAGAGUAACUCCUAAGCAGCCACUGACUAUUCCACGAUUGGAACUCAUCGCUGCAGUUGUGGCUGCUGAGCUUGCUAAUUCAAUUUUACAAGAACUGGACCAUACAGUUGACAGCGUUAUAUAUUGGUCAGAUUCCAUGUCAGUUAUCCAGAUGAUCAAUAAUCAUUCUGAACGCUUCAAGACAUUUGUGGCAAACAGAAUAAACACAAUUCAUCUCUUGUCAAAACCACAUCAAUGGCACCAUGUCGAAUCUAAGCUGAAUCCAGCCGACAUUGCUUCUCGUGGUCUAAUGCCAGAUAAACUAAACAAGGCUGGUAUUUGGUUCAAAGGCCCACAAUUUAUAUGGGGAAGUGAAGAUGCAUGGACCGUGGUUGAUGAUGGGAUUCAUGAAGUCCCAUGCGACCCACAACUUGCUUCGGAGAUGAAAGUUCAUUAUACUGAACCUAUGAAAGAUCUCGCAGAUUCUUCUCCAUUACAUGAACUGUUAUUGCAUUACUCAUUAUUCGAAAAGCUACGUAGAGCUGUUGCAUGGCUACUACGUUUUCGUACAUAUGCAACUUGGAAAUUCUGA